AUGCCACUGCCAUUUGGAUUGAAACUGAAACGUACUCGGCGCUACACAGUGUCCAGCAAGAGCUGUCUGGUUGCUCGCAUCCAGUUGCUUAACAACGAGUUUGUGGAAUUCACACUGUCUGUGGAGAGCACCGGCCAGGAGAGCCUGGAGGCUGUGGCUCAGAGACUGGAGCUGAGAGAGAUCACUUACUUCAGCCUCUGGUACUACAAUAAGCAAAGCCAGCGCCGGUGGGUGGAUUUGGAGAAACCUUUGAAGAAGCAGCUGGAUAAGUAUGCCUUGGAACCUACGGUCUAUUUUGGAGUGGUGUUUUACGUGCCGUCUGUCUUGCAGCUGCAGCAGGAGAGAACCAGGUAUCAGUAUUAUUUGCAGUUGAAGAAAGAUAUUUUGGAAGGAAACAUUCCUUGCUCGUUAGAACAAGCAAUUCAGCUAGCAGGCUUAGCUGUUCAAGCUGAUUUUGGGGACUUUGAUCAGUAUGAAUCCCAGGAUUUCCUUCAGAAAUUUGCCUUGUUUCCUGUGGGGUGGUUACAAGAUGAAAAAGUAUUGGAAGAAGCAACCCAAAAGGUGGCCUUACUACAUCAGAAAUACAGAGGGCUCGCAGCUCCUGAUGCUGAAAUGCUGUACAUGCAGGAGGUGGAGAGAAUGGACGGGUACGGAGAAGACAGCUACCCUGCCAAGGAUAGCCAAGGAAGUGACCUCUCCAUCUGCGCAUGCCUCGAGGGCAUCUUCCUGAAGCACAAGAACGGGAGGCCACCGGUGAUGUUCAGGUGGGCUGAUAUUGGUAACAUGUCCCACAACAAGUCCUUUUUCGCUUUAGAGCUGACCAAUAAGGAGGACACCAUCCAGCUUCAAACUGAAGACAUGGAAACCGCAAAAUAUGUGUGGAGACUCUGUGUUGCCCGACACAAAUUUUACCGACUAAACCAGUGCACCCUGCAAACUCAGGCCGUCACGGUGAACCCAAUUAGGAGGCGGUCUUCUUCAAGGAUGUCUCUGCCUAAGCCGCAGCCAUAUGUGAUGCCGCCCCCUCCUCAGCUGCAUUAUAAUGGACAUUAUACAGAACCCUAUACUUCUUCCCAAGAUAAUCUCUUUGUGACCAACCAUAAUGGGUACUAUUGCCACUCUCAGACCAGUCUGGACAGAGCCCAGAUCGAGCUCACUGGUCGCCUCCGGAACGGCAGUGUCUACAGCGCACACAGCACGAACUCUUUAAACAGCCCCCAGCCCUACCUGCAGCCCUCUCCUAUGUCCUCCAACCCCAGUAUUACUGGGAGUGACGUCAUGAGACCCGACUACGUGCCUUCACAUCGGCACAGCGCCCUGGUUCCCCCUUCGUACCGCCCCACCCCCGAUUACGAGACUGUGAUGAAGCAGCUCAGCAGCGGGACACUGCGUGCAGAGAGGCCCAGCCACUCCCUGCGCAGCCUCAACAUUGGCAGCUCCUAUGCUUACAGCAGGCCCGACGCCCUGGUCUACAGCCAGCCGGAAAUCCGGGCGCAUGCGCAUUUCACCUCUCCCCAGUCGGCCCACUACCCUUUCAACUGGAACUAUAGCUUCCACAGCCAGUCUCCCUACCCCUACCCUGCAGAGAGGCGGCCGGUGGUGGGGGCCAUCAGCGUGCCCGAGCUCACCAACGUGCAGCUCCAAGCCCAGGACUACCCCGCUCCAAACAUCAUGAAAACCCAGGUGUAUCGUCCCCCGCCUCCUUACCAGUACCCCAGGCCUGCCAACAGCACCCCGGACCUGUCCCGCCACCUCUACAUAAGCAGCAGCAAUCCGGACCUCAUCACCAGGCGCGUCCAUCACUCGGUGCAGACGUUCCAGGAGGACAGCCUGCCGGUGGCGCAUUCUCUCCAGGAGGUCAGUGAGCCUCUCACCUUGGCCCGGCACGCUCAGCUGCAGAAGAGAAAUAGCAUCGAGAUCGCCGGCUUGACUCACAGCUUCGAAGGCAUGAGGCUGAAAGAGAGAACCAUGUCCGCCUCGGCAGCCGAUGUGGCACCGCGGGCGCUCUCCACAGGCUCCCAGCCCAACGUGUUCAUGGAAAGGACAAAACCAGAAGAGAAUGACGAGCAGGAGAGCCUGCGGUAUGGUCAUAAAAAAUCUCUCUCUGAUGCCACCAUGCUAAUCCACAGCAGUGAGGAAGAAGAGGAAUUUGAAGAGGAAAACAAAACUGCUGCCAUUCUCUCCCCAUGUGUGCACGAGCCCCGGCCUCUUCCAGCUGUCAUGGGCCUUUACUCCCAAGAACCACAACCCAGCUAUUCCUGCAGCUCGGUCCCUCCUGUGGCCGGUCCUCUGCAUAUUCUUGAGCCCAAGUCCCAUGUCCCAGAGACUGAGAAGAGGCUGAGGGACGUCAGUCCCGGCCACGUGAUGGUUGAAGCCCAGCGACCCAGGAGAGACGGGCUGCUGACGCCGUCUAUGUCAGAGUCUGACCUCACCACGUCGGGGAGGUUCCGAGCCAGGAGGGAUUCUCUGAAGAAAAGGCCCAUGUCCGACCUCCUCUCAGGAAAGAAGAACAUUGUGGAGGGCCUGCCGCCUUUGGGGGGAAUGAAAAAGAGCCGAGGAGUCGAUACCAAAAAGUUUGGUCCUCUGAAAUUGGCUGCUCUAAAUGGACUCUCUCUGUCUCGAUUACCUUUACCUGAUGAAGGAAGGGAUGUGGCUCCCAGAGCAACGGAUGAUGAGAGGUGUAAACUUCUGGAGCAGCGGUUAGAACAGGGAAUGGUGUUCACAGAAUAUGAAAGGAUUGUGAAGAAACGGCUAGUUGACGGGGAGUGUUCCACAGCACGGCUCCCUGAAAACGCAGAAAGAAAUCGAUUCCAGGAUGUCCUUCCAUACGAUGAUGCCAGAGUGGAGCUGGUCCCGACGAAAGAGAACAAUACUGGCUACAUCAAUGCAUCCCAUAUUAAGGUCUCUGUCAGUGGAACGGAGUGGGACUAUAUCGCCACUCAGGGACCAUUACAGAACACGUGUCAGGACUUCUGGCAAAUGGUGUGGGAACAAGGCAUUGCCAUCAUCGCCAUGGUGACGGCCGAGGAGGAGGGUGGAAGAGAGAAGAGCUGCAGGUAUUGGCCGCGACUUGGUUCCAGGCACAACACCGUCACCUAUGGCAGGUUCAAGAUCACCACCCGGUUCCGCACAGACUCUGGCUGUUAUGCCACCACAGGCUUGAAGAUGAAGCACCUCCUCACGGGGCAGGAGAGGACAGUGUGGCACCUCCAGUACACAGACUGGCCCGAGCAUGGCUGUCCCGAGGACCUCAAGGGAUUUCUGUCAUACCUGGAAGAGAUCCAGUCGGUUCGACGCCAUACAAACAGUACCAGUGACCCGCAAAGCCCCAACCCUCCCCUGCUGGUCCACUGCAGCGCCGGGGUCGGCAGGACUGGAGUUGUGAUUCUGUCCGAGAUUAUGAUUGCAUGUCUGGAGCACAAUGAGGUGCUGGACAUCCCACGAGUGCUGGACAUGCUGAGGCAGCAGAGGAUGAUGAUGGUUCAGACCCUCUGCCAGUACACGUUUGUCUACAGAGUUCUCAUUCAGUUCCUGAAGAGCUCAAGGCUCAUAUGA